AUGAAUAAACAGAAGGGCGGGACUGUGAAUAUCUCAGAUGCAUUUGAAUCCUUUGGUGCAUUUGCUGUGGGCAAGAUCUCUGAUGAAGAACGAUUUGAUGUUGUGCGACACGCGUGUCCCGGUCCUGGUGCUUGCGGUGGGAUGUACACUGCCAACACCAUGAGUUCCGCACUUGAAGUUCUGGGCAUGUCCUUGCCGUACUCUUCCAGUACUCCCGCCCUUUAUCCUGAAAAGAUACAGGAAUGCUUCAAGGCUGCAAAAUACCUGAAGAAUCUCCUAGCAUUUGACAUCAAACCUAGGGACAUAUUGACGCGCAAUUCGUUCUUGAAUGCGAUCGCAGUUAUAAAUGUGAUUGGUGGCUCAACAAAUGCGGUCCUUCAUUUGUUGGCGAUUGCCCGAGCAGCAGAUAUAGAACUGACAAUCGACGAUUUCCAAAUGAUUGCAGACAGGACACCUUUCCUCGCUGAUCUGAUGCCUUCUGGACGAUACUACAUGGAGGAUAUCCACAAAAUAGGCGGCAUACCUGCUAUUUUGAAAUAUCUUCUCAAUCAUACAGAUCUUAUUGACGGCUCGCAACUGACCGUCACUGGGAAGACUUUGGCUGAGAACCUCGCAGAUGUGGCCGAGGUCGAAUUCGAUAAGCAGGACGUUUUCCGCCCUCUGAGCAAUCCCAUCAAGCCCACGGGUCACAUAACCAUCCUUCGAGGAAAUCUUGCUCCCGAGACUGCAGUUGCGAAGUUGACAGGAAAAGAGGGACUGAGAUUUGAGGGCUCUGCCAAAUGCUUCGACAGUCUGGAUCAUUUCUACACCUUACUGGAGAAAAGCGAAAUAAAGGCAGGCACGGUUCUUAUUUUUAGAUACCAAGGACCCAAAGGGGCACCAGGCAUGCCAGAAAUGCUAGGCCCAACUGCUGCUAUCGCAGGUGCAGGUUUGGCAAAGUCAACGGCGCUGAUUACGGAUGGGCGAUUUUCUGGAGCAAGUCGCGGGUUUAUCAUCGGCCAUGUUGUCCCGGAAGCACGAGUGGGAGGACCAAUUGCCUUGGUCAGAGAUGGCGACAAGAUCGUCAUCGACGCUGCGACCAGGCAGAUAGACUGGAUUGUUGAUCAGGACGAGCAGAAGCGAAGAUACGAGGAGUGGCUCGCUUCAGACAAGGGAAAAUUGAACGUGAAGCGAGGCGUGUUGUUGAGAUAUGCUCGCGAUGUUGCGCCUGCCAGCCUCGGAGCAUAUUGUGACUGA